AUGAAGUGUUGCAUAGCCCCAAGUGUUGGGGAAAUACUAAAUCCCGACCCGGAUGAUACUAUCUCCGAGGAAGAUGACCUGCCCGAGGGCCAUUUGCGAGGUCCUGCAACGUUUCCUGCGAUCGAUCCAGACACGACCGAAACAGCAGUCACAGAGGAAGCAUUAUCGGCUUACGAGAUACAGCGGCAACAGCUGCUUGAACAUCCCGAUCGGUUCAGCGAGGAAGACCUAAAACCGCUACGCGAAACGCACAUCAACGUGCUGCACGAAGCGAUCGAUGCGAAACUGAUCGAUCAAAGUUUCAUCCGUACGUUGGGUUCCGUAUCGGAACCGCCCAAGGUACACGAUGCUACCCGGGACACACUUUCGAUACGGUCCAUCGUUGAGGAUGUGAACUUUACGCUCGGUGAUCGGGUACUGCGCUGGAAGACUAUGAGCGCGACCAACGUCGAUCGGCACGUAGUCGUAGGUUUAACGGCGGCCAGUUUGGUGGUGCUGCUCGAGCGAGAAGGGCGGUAUGAGCUAAGCCAGGAACUGGUGCUUGAAUCGGCCCCGAUAGCCUUCGAGGUGCUUAACUUUUGGGACACGGAGCGUGCGACAGCAGUUGGCUGUGUGCUGAUAUCGAUGGGUAAUUUUCUCGUGUGGUACACAAUGCGUGAGCAGGCAGAAUAUCGAUUGGAAGAGGAAUGGCGCUGGCCGCUACAUAAAACCAUAACGCAAAUUAAAUUCUUUCGCCAGAAGGAAGUCGAUGCACUGCUGCUGGUAGGACGGCAUCCAAACCGACACGAGUCUGUUUCGGCGACAGUGUACGAAUUUUCCUUCAACGAUCGCCAGUUCUGGUUGAUGCAAAAGCUCGGCCUAAGGUAUCCUUGCCCAUCGGUAGGUCUUGUCUCUGCUGGGGAAGAAUACUUGGUCGCUUUCCCUCAGAACGUCACCGUGGAAAUGUACACAUUUCGAGUGGGUGACCAGAAUCGCCGAAAGUUUAAGCCAGUCGGUAACUACACCUCGGAAGCGCUUCGAUCGGUGUACGCGUUUCAAAUCGGUCGUUAUUCGUACGUAGCAAUCAGCGGUAAAACACCGGCCGUUUUGCGAUACAAACGGGGCAAGUUUUAUGAACAGAAAAUUCCUACUGAAUCACUAGAAAUUGUUGAAGCUUUCUUUGAGAUACCGGCCCGAACGUACCGGGAUGAUAUGAUACUCCUGGUGCAGCAUCGUAUGAUUUUUGCAACGCACGAAAUUCAACGACUGGAAGCGCUCGUCUGGAACGGGGUGUCCUUUGAUCUAGCCACCAACAUUCCUUGUAUGGUGGAAAACGAGGUGAUUGACAAUGAGGUUAGCUGUAUGUUGGACGUGGAUCGAACGGACGGUUUGUUUGGUGCGGCCAUUGUGCAGCGUGGCAAAUCAAUCUCAAUCGUUGUACCCCGACAUGAGGCACAUUCGAGUUUGUAUCAUCUGUCGAUCGAAUUGCUUUCGGGAGAGCAUCCAAUUUUAAUGAAAAUUCAAGAAAUUAAAGAAACGAUGGAGGCAUUCACGAAAAUUGUCGACUACCAGAAUGCGGUAAUUGAACAAGCCCAGUCCUACGUGGCGCUGAUGGAAAGUGAUCCCGUAGUACUCAAGCGACAAAAUCUAAGCACGCUGGACAGCCCUAUGGUAAAAUUUGCGGAUGAGUAUGAUCUAUCCACAACACAGAUAACUAUCGGUCAAAAUAGUUGGCGAGCGGCUGAUUUUGAAGCGGACCUAGGAGCUACCGUUAAAACGGUACAGGACGUUGAGCUGAGCGUUGAUGCAAUGCUGACCGAACUUCAGUACAGCGUACGUCGCGAUACCCGCUCGCAUGACCUACAAAUCAACGGUACGGUACAGGUAACCGGAAAGCUUUACGUCGAUGGGUCUUUACACGCAGACGAUAUGUACAUUCAAAGAUUUGAACAUCAACCACGAACUACGGAGGAUCAUUUUGCUCGAUUUGGUCGUGCUGUGGAUGGAGACCAAACAUCGACAGCAAAAGAGCUACACGUUAAGGAGCUGAGCGUUGAACAGCUACAUUUCGACCACUUUAAUGGUAUCCCGGCAGAAGAACUAGUGUACAAUGUUGACGGCAAGGUGCAUCUCGAUGGUGAACUAGUUAUCGGUGGUGAUCUCUACACGAACAGUGUACUACUGCCCGAUGGUGGAACGGUCAAUGGAAUCGAUUUAAGCGAAUCAUUGAUCUAUUUCAAUUGCAAAAACAGGCGGUGGAAAAACCUUACUCUAGACUCGCUGGAAGUUAUGGAUAAUGUUCAUGUGGCGAGUAAAAUAAAUGGAGUUCAAAUAAAUCUCCAGGAAGCAGAAAGCUCGCUGCGCAAAGCAAUCGAUGAGCAUGGGCGUGUGUUGCGUGCCAAGUCGUUGCAAAUCGAAGGAGAUUUAAGCUUCGAACGCAUUAACGGAGUUCCUUGGAAAACGUUUUUCAACGGGCUUGUCUUUAAGAACCGGCCGAUGCGAUUAGGACAUCUUCAUGUGGAUGGGAAUGUCACAUUCGGUAGUCAAACAACGGUACAGUUCCUGAACAAAUUGCGUUUCCCGGAAGAUUACGUGCUACGCACGGGACCGCGCGAAUCCAUUAUAACGGGUCAGAAACAUUUCCAAGGAUUGCUAACAAUGGAUGCCCUCGACAUCGACGGUUUCGUGAACGGUAUCAAUCCGUUCGAUUUCAUCACACUCCACGACGAUCAGUACAUCCCGGGCAACGUGUCUUUUGAUUUGCUAGAAAUCGAAGAAUCACUCGAUGUGCGUGGCGCCGUACAUGGCAAGCAUAUGGAUAAAUUUCUAGACAAUCCAUCACUGCUACAAACCACAAUCCUAAAGGCGGCCUGCGAGUUUAACGAAGUAAUUGUUCAAGGUCCUAUUUACGUCGAUCAACUCGAUGGAUACGAUCUGGAUCAGUUCCUACAGAGCGUUGUAUAUGUAGAUGAACCGUACGUGGAAAUUAACGCAUCAAAACACUACCGCAAUCUACAGUUUUAUGAACCGAUUCGGAUAGAAUCGAACAUGAUCGGGGAAAUACAUCUGGAUGAGCUGCUUACAAAGAGCACGGAUCAAACGGUUAACAUAAGUUUGGUGAUGGGUAAUGUGUUCUUCAACCGGGCACAGGUUGAUGGACUGUUUGGGGGCAUUAACGUGACCGAGUGGGACACGAAUUCCAUCAAGGUGUUCGGUGAUCAACACACGCAAGCGACAUUAGAGUUCUGCCCUCAGUAUUCUUUGCUGUACGCAAAGAAUCUGGAGAUAAUGGGAACUCUUAACGGGCAACCGCGUGCCGAGUUCUACGAUAUGGAUGAAGAAAUUGUGUUCCGAGAUCAAUCGGUACAUAUGAGUGACUUGUACGCAAAUUACUUAUCAUUGGCAGGUAGCUUGAUCGAUGGACCGUCGAAGAUGUUGAACAACGUACAUCUUCCAACAUUUGAUGCGUACCGGUUUAGCUUAAGUCAACCGCAAACGUUUAAUUAUGGCGUGAUUGUUGAUACGCUGUACGUUGGCAAAUCUUUUGCUGCUCGUUAUCUGAACGGAUUGGAUGUUGCGGACUUGCAGGAUAACGUGGAAACUUAUCUGAACGAUGAUUACAUGCUCAGUGGCAAGCAUGUGAUCGAUACGCUGCAUAUUGAUGGUAGUGUGGAAAUCGGUAUGCUCAAUGGAGUUGACUUCGUACAGUUUCUAAAUAACGUUAUAUGGCUGGACCAACCGAACACUGUACCAAGCACCUUACACUUUCUGCAGCCCUUGUACAUUGAGGGCGAUGUGUCAGUUGGGGGAACUUUAAACGAAAUACCUCUGGCAGUAUUUUUGAACAAUGUUGUGUAUAAAAACGAAGGUGCGAUGGUGGAGUUUACCGGAUCGAAACUAUUCACACAUGGGUUCGAUGUAGUCGGCGAUUUAAACACGCCUAUCAUAAACAAUGUUCCGGUAAAAGAUUUCAUAUUGAAAAAUGAAUCCAUCAUAUUCCCCGGUCACGUGGUAACAUUGGGCCGUGUAUACGUCAAGGAAAUGAUUGUGACUGGAAGCAUCAACGGAAAAUCAUUUAAACCAAUCGAAUCGUAUUACGCCUACAGCAACGCCACAGAUACACACAUCAUUAAGGGUGACCUGCACCUGCAAGGACAUCAGAUGAUCCACAACCUGGAAGCGCUCGGUGGCUGGAAUGAGCUAAUGAAUGUGAGCCAAAAGCUAACGUCACUCGUUCGUACCAACCAGGACUAUUACUUCAAGGGUCAUUAUGUGCUGCAGGAGGAAGUUCAUUUCAAGCAUGGAUUUACGGUCGAUUUCAUCAACGCGUACAACAUGACGAAUGUACUGAACGAAAUUGUGUACUACGACCAACAGGAACCGAUCGUUUUUACUGAACCGGUAGAAUUUAAUGCUAAUGUUUGGGGCGGAUCCGUACGCGUAGAGCAAGAUUUGAUAGGCAAAAACAUAAUGGGAAUCGAUCCCGAUGUACUUGCUAAGCAAACUUUGCUGAUAAACAAGGAUUAUGAAAUAUUCGAUAAGAUGGUGUUUCUUCCGGGAGCAUUCAAAUGUGAUCAUCUUGCGGCAACAUACAUUAACGGUGUGCCGACGAGCGCGUUGAUCACCCUGCACACGGAACAAACGAUCGAACAUCCGGUGUAUGUGAAACAAAUCGUCGUCAAACAGCCGGUCCAGGUGGAAGGUCAUGUCAACGGACGGGAUCUUCGUAUGGAGCGUCAAAACACAAUUAUGCGUUAUGGCGAACAAACGAUAGAAGCGCCUUCAGUAUUUAACACGAUCCGUGUACUGAACGGUGUCACACUACCCAAAAUCCUAAACGGCGUUCCAUUUGGUGACCCAGUACAGCUAACAAAGGACAUUACCAUCUCAUCUCCGUUAAGCUUUUACCAAAUAGGUGCGCAUGAUGUGUUCACCAAUGACACGAUCGGUGGAAUCGAUUUCGAUCGAUGGUACGAGCAGACGCUCUGGACUGGUGGUCGCGAACAUCAGCUGUAUCGGGGUAGGCUGCAAUCGCGUAAAAUGGUCUUCCGCGACUUCAUCCACGGUAAUGGUACAAUCAAUGGCGCAACUGUUGGUGACAUCGUAAGCAAACUACACACGGAGAAACAGAUGAUCGAGAGCGAACUAGCAAAACGUCGUUCAAACUAUCGAUCUUCCUGUCGUGAAACGCAAGCCCUCAUCAACGGUACCCAGCAGGGUUUGUACUUUUUCAACUAUUUUGUGCAACGUCAAACGAUCCGCGAACAACAUCCUAUACAGUCGUUCUGGACGUUCCAGCAGCAAGGAAAUUAUUUCCUUGCUAUCAACUUUGGAUGCGAUAGCAAAUUUUACCAGUGGAAUCCACAGGAUAGAACGUUUGUAGGGUUGUUCAAGGUACACACGGGAUACGUUUUUGAGUGGGCAACAGUUACAUCGACGGAUGACGAAGAGAGUCUCUUCUUGAUAACGCGAUCAGCGCCUACCGAUGAGCAUUGUAACGUAACGGGUUUUUCUGUAUGGCAAUUUAAGGGACUGUCAUUGGAAAUGAGCAAAAACUUCCCCAAUAAGGACAUUGACAGUGUGUACGUAGAUCCUGCCAUAUUAGGCCGUUUCUACGUUUUGGAUCGAGCGACUGUUCAUGAAUACGAUCUAACCGGCAACGUGCAGGAUGAAUGGGAUCUAUCACGCAUCUUCGAAUCGGCCAGCUUUUUACCGCAUACACUCGGCGUUGGGUUGGCUCUGUCCGAUGGAAAACAAAUAGCAAUUCUUUCCCGGAAAGACACUACCGCCACUUCGCGCAAGAAACGUUCCCACGAAGAUCCGCUCGUGAACCUAGCCUUGUUUGCCUCGCCAAUAAAUGUGUACAAUCAUAUGCAACGGAACAAUUCCUACUACCGAAUAGAUGAUGCUCCGGACGAAUAUUCGCCAGAUGUGGCAUUACUCACCCAACCGGAUCCAUUGAACGAAAUUGGAUCGAUGCAGGAAAGCAACGAUACGGUCAUCAAAACUCGCGAACCAUCGACAGACGUCGUGGAAACGCACAUCCAAGACCUUCCCGAACCACGUAUCGCCAAGGCAGUCCCACUCGGGCGUAUCAGCACUACGGAAAAUCACCACUUUCCAGAUCCUGCUACAGGUGAGCUGCUUAGUCUGCAUGUUGGCUUUCAAGCACAAGCCAGGCGUCUCCUGUUCGCCGUCACAAACACGGUGAACACGAUUGUCAAGGGUAAUCAUGACACCAUCCGGAUCUACAGCGACAUUCUGCAGGGUCAUCUCUUCCAGAUCAUAUCUUGCAACAGACCGUCACAGCUUACAGUGCUAGAAAUAAGGGAUGAUACAAUAUUAGCCUUUUUGGAAAAUCAGCGCAAGGUACAGUUGUACACGUACCGUGGUGCUCGGAAAGGGUUCGUCCAUUGGAAUAGUUUUAAUUUGGCGUCGACCGGCAUCCAGAUGUCCAGUGUGCAGUUUCCGCAGGCACCAUUUUUCAAGUGUAAUCUGCACUAUCUGGCCAUUGCGCUGAGCAGCCGAGAGUUGAUGUUUCUCAAGGCCAAGACGCAGGGCGAUUGUGGGAUCAAUCUGCAGCUGGACUGUGGUGAUGUGUAGUAUGUUGAGUGUUUUAGCUGGAGGGUUGUGUUCUGU